CGCAGGAGUCCAACUCGAGCCGUAACUUGGCGGAUUAUAUCCCUCUGUCGUUUGACGUUUGUUGUCGCGGUUAUCGGUUUCGUUUGGGCAUCAGUAUAAUGGACAUACAAUAGUUCUAUAGACUGUGACGCUCCUCAGCACCAGCUUGGAUUCUGUGGAAUUCCAAAGGCACCUUUGACGCCUCAGGCUCCACCAUGGAUUUCUUUGACGACCCCAACCUUUUUGUUGGAGGGCUAGCGGAGCUGGAUGAGGAAAGCUUUGCCCCUGGACCAUCACUCGUGGAUGAGCUGAAUCUUGGCACCGACUUUGAGCCCCUCCAAGUGGAGUCCCUGGGCCCAGGGAAGAACCAGGGAAUGGUUGUUCCAGCCUCAUCCGCAUCCUCCCAACAAGCCAUGCCUGCUUACAGACCGCAGAUGAGCCACUACACAGCUAUUAAGACACAUAACCCUUUGGGACAGGCCUUUCCUGGCACUGGGGGCACAGGUGGUGGCAUGAUUGCACAGCAACAUGGCCAGUAUCACAGUGUCUCCAUGAGCCAAGCUCCUCAGUCCAAUGGGCUGUUCUGUAACAGCAGCAGUCCAGUAUGGGGCAGUCAAGACCAGAAUGGCAAUAUGUACCACCCUUUGUCUCAACAACAUCAGCAGCAACUGCACAACCAGCAGCUUCAUCUUAGACAACAACAAACACAGCAACAUCAACCCCACCCAUGUCAUCAGCAGCAACAGAGGAUGCAGCACCUACAGCAUCAGCAGCAACAAGGCCAUCAUCAACAGCUGAUAAACCAGCAUCAACAAAUUAACACUCAAGCUCUCCGCCUGCAGCAACAGCAUCACAACUUCCCCUUUCACCAGGGAGGUCAUCUUCAGAGUCAACAACAUGUUCACCAUAGUCAACAGCAGGUCCAACAUCAGCUCACUAUAGGAGGAGCAAGGUUCCAUCCUAGGGCUGUACCCACAUCUGGAGCUCUGCCUAGUAAGUCUUAUUUGGAGACCCAGCAUGUCUCCUUGGCUGGGACUGCACUCCAGCAGCAGCAACAGCAGAGUGGCUACCAACUACCCAGGGGAGGUCAAGCCUUCCCUGGACCAGGACCAGAAGACCAAAGCCUGUCCUUUUCCAUUCAGUCGUCACCCGUGGCUCAUAGCCUUCCUGCAUGCUCGGUCAGCUCUGCCACUGCCUACCAACCUUCUCAGUACCCCGCUUACCCUGGAGAGCCAGACAUACCCAGUCUUGGUCAACAGUCUUUACCCUCAGUCUCUGGACCCAGCACUACUGGUUCCCUCUCUUCCUCAGUGUCUGAUCUCUCAGGGACUGGAUGUGAAUUUUCAUCUACACAAGUAAUGGGUCAGCAGCAAACUCAGGUCUCGGCUAACCAGGCUGAGGACUGCCCUUUCCGGACAUUGCACUGUUCCGAACAGACCCAGGGGAGCUACAGUUCAUCAGAGAUGUUUAGUCCAACUUUGAACUGUUACCCUAGUGUGGCCAGCCAUACGCCCUCUGAGCAGUCUCAGAGCUGCGGGGCCACUGGUGUUCUAGCCACCACCAGUAACGGAUACCAGAAACUAGAAGAGGGCAUCCUCCCGUCAGAGUCUCAGGGGGGAGAAUUUGAGGGCUUAGAAGCUCCCGACCUUCUUCCUGACCUGCUUCCUCAGCUUGAGGCUGCUCUCAGCCAACAGGAUGAAUCCAACUGUCCCUGGACCAAUGGUGGCAAGGAGGAAAGACAAGAUCACAGGAAAGCCCUAUCUAAGGAAUACAAGGAAGAAAAGCCUCGUAAGAACGCUAAUGGUCCGGGCAGCCAGGUGCGAGUCCUUAGCCCCGCAUUGAAGAGUAGCUCGUCCUCCUCAUCUUCUUCCUCAUCAACUUCAUCAUCCUCCAGCUCAUCAUUGGAAAAGAGGACCCAGCGGCGUACACAUCAGCAGAUGGAGGUGGCUGUGGAGGACAAGCAGGAGAAGGCCAACAGGAUAAUUUCAGAGGCCAUUGCCAAGGCUCGUCAGCGGGGGGAGAAAAACAUUCCCAGAGUGAUGAGUCCUGAGAGCUUCCCCAGCUCCUCCUCCCAGCACAAAGGACAUCAUGACCGGGAGUACAAGGAGAACAGCAAGGCCAGGCCCAAAGACAAGACCUCUAGGAAAGCCCGGAUCAUGCCUUCAUCCAAGCCCAAGCAGAAGGCAAAGAUCGGGAAAAUUGUCAUCAAGAUCGGGAAGAAGAAAAAGCGAAAGCCUGAGUCGUCAGAGGAGGAAUCAGACGAUGACCCUCCCCCUCGACGCUCCUUUAAAGAUGAUGACUCUAAGAGGCGUUCAAACCGCCAGGUGAAGAGGAAGAAGUACGCUGAGGAGUUGGAGGCCAGGCUGUCGGACGACGAGGUCAAAGUCAUUGUCAAAGCCAAGAAGAGCAAUACCUCGGCACGCAAGGAGCCUGCACUUCAGCUGUUUGUAGAGAACCCCAGCGAGGAGGAUGGUGCUGUGGUUGACAAAAUCAUGUCCUCUCGUAUAGUCAAAAAGGAGGUCUCCCCGGGAGCUAUGGUGGAAUUGGAGGAGUUUUUUGUGAAAUACAAAAACUACUCAUACCUGCACUGUGAGUGGGCCACAGAGCAGCAACUGGAGAAAGACAAAAGGAUUCAGCAGAAAAUCAAACGCUUCAAGAUGAAACAAGCACAGAGGGCUCUCUUCUUUGCAGAUAUGGAGGAGGACCCCUUCAACCCUGACUAUGUUGAGGUAGACAGAGUACUUGAGGUAUCCUAUUGCGAGGACAAGGACACAGGAGAAGAGGUGGUGUACUACCUGGUCAAGUGGUGCUCCCUGCCUUAUGAAGACAGUACCUGGGAGCUGAAAGGGGAUGUGGAUCAGAGCAAGAUUGAGGAGUUUGAGCAGCUGCAGGCAGCCAAGCCAGGCUCAUGUCGGAUGGAGCGCCCCCCAGCCAGCCUGUGGAAGAAAAGGGAGCAAUCACGGGAGUACAGGAACGGCAACAGCCUCAGGGACUACCAGCUUGAAGGAGUCAACUGGCUUCUCUUCAACUGGUACAACAGACGGAACUGUAUCCUGGCAGAUGAGAUGGGCCUGGGGAAGACCAUCCAAUCCAUCACCUUCCUUGAGGAGAUCUACCGUGUGGGAAUCAAAGGGCCUUUCCUCAUCAUCGCACCGCUGUCCACCAUCGCCAACUGGGAGCGAGAGUUCCGCACCUGGACACACCUCAAUGUCAUCGUUUACCACGGCAGCGUAGUCAGCCGGCAGAUGCUGCAACAGUAUGAAAUGUACUUCAGGGAUGCACAGGGCCGUGUUGUGAGGGGUGCCUACAGGUUCCAGGCUGUCAUCACCACCUUUGAAAUGAUCUUGGGAGGCUGUCCCGAGCUUAAUGCUGUGGACUGGCGCUGUGUGAUCAUUGACGAGGCCCACCGCCUAAAGAACAAGAACUGCAAGCUUCUGGAGGGCUUUAAGCUCAUGAGUCUGGAGCACAAGGUCCUGCUGACAGGAACUCCUCUGCAGAACACUGUGGAAGAGCUCUUUAGUCUACUCCACUUCCUGGAGCCAGCUCGCUUUCCUUCAGAGAACACCUUCAUGCAGGAAUUUGGAGACCUCAAGACAGAGGAGCAGGUGCAGAAACUCCAGGGCAUCCUUAAGCCCAUGAUGCUGCGGCGAUUGAAGGAGGAUGUGGAAAAGAAGCUGGCCCCUAAAGAGGAGACUAUUAUUGAGGUGGAGUUGACCAACAUUCAGAAGAAGUACUAUCGUGCCAUUUUGGAAAAGAAUUUCUCCUUCCUGGCUAAAGGAGUUGGCCAGGCCAACGUGCCCAACCUGGUCAACACCAUGAUGGAGCUGAGAAAAUGCUGCAACCACCCCUACCUCAUCAAAGGUGCAGAAGAGAAGAUCCUUGAGGACUUCCGGGAGGUUUACAGCCCCGCUGCCAUCGACUUUCACCUGCAGGCAAUGGUGCAGUCUGCUGGGAAACUGGUCCUCAUUGACAAACUGCUUCCCAAGAUGAAGGCCGGUGGACACAAAGUGCUCAUCUUCUCCCAAAUGGUUCGCUGUCUGGACAUCUUGGAGGAUUACCUCAUUCAGAGAAGGUACCUUUAUGAGCGAAUAGAUGGUCGUGUUCGGGGGAACCUGCGGCAGGCUGCGAUUGACCGCUUCAGUAAGCCGGACUCAGACCGCUUUGUUUUCCUACUGUGCACAAGGGCUGGUGGCUUAGGCAUCAACCUCACGGCGGCAGACACCUGCAUUAUCUUUGACUCUGACUGGAACCCACAAAACGACCUGCAGGCACAGGCACGCUGUCAUCGGAUCGGUCAGAACAAGGCGGUGAAGGUGUACCGUCUAAUCACCAGGAACUCUUAUGAGCGGGAGAUGUUUGACCGCGCCAGUCUCAAGCUGGGCCUGGACAAAGCUGUGCUGCAGAGCAUGAGUGGCCGAGAAAACAGUCUUGGAGGAGGAGCAGGUGGAGGGGCGGUGCAACAACAGCUAUCUAAGAAAGAGAUUGAGGACCUGUUGAGGCGCGGGGCCUAUGGGGCCAUCAUGGAUGAGGAGGAUGAAGGGGCCAAAUUCUGUGAGGAGGACAUCGACCAGAUCCUCCAGCGCAGGACCAAGACCAUCACCAUUGAGUCUGAGGGCCGAGGGUCCACUUUUGCUAAGGCUAGUUUUGUGGCAUCUGGAAACCGCACAGACAUUGCUCUGGAUGAUCCAAACUUCUGGGAUAAGUGGGCCAAAAAAGCAGAGAUUGAUGUGGACAUGGUCAAUGGCAGAAAUAGCCUGGUAAUUGACACCCCUCGUGUAAGGAAACAGACACGGCCUUUCAGUGCGACAAAGGAUGAGUUGGCAGAGCUCUCAGAAGGUGAGAGUGAAAACGAUGAAACAAAGCCCAAGCUCCGGCGAGCCAAUGACCGCUUCAACAGCUAUGGACGCACAGAGUGCUUCAGAGUGGAAAAGAACCUCCUGGUAUACGGGUGGGGCCGUUGGAAAGACAUUCUCAACCAUGGUCGUUUUAAAAAGCACCUGACUGAGAGGGAUGUGGAGUCCAUCUGCAGGGCCCUGCUGGCUUAUUGCUUGGUCCACUACCGUGGAGAUGAUAAAAUCAAAAGCUUCAUGUGGGACCUGAUCGCCCCCACAGAGGAUGGACAAACCAAGGAGCUGCAGAAUCACUUGGGGUUGUCCGCGCCAGUACCACGGGGCAGAAAGGGUAAGAAGAUGAAGACCCAGUCUAGUGCCUUUGACAUCCACAAGGCUGAGUGGCUUAGAAAGCACAACCCAGAGCACAUGCUUCAGGACGAUGGCUACAAGAAACACCUCAAACACCACUGCAACAAGGUGCUGCUCCGGGUCAGAAUGCUCUACUACUUGAAACAAGAGGUGAUCGGAAGCCAGUCCCAGAAGGUGCUAGACGGUGUGGAUUCCAGUGAGCUCAAGAUUUGGGUGCCAGAGCCAGACAAUUCGGAGUUGCCAGCUCUGUGGUGGGAUGCCAUCGCUGACAAGUGUUUGCUGUUAGGCAUUUUUAAGCACGGCUAUGAGAAGUACAAUACUAUUCGUGCAGAUCCUGCCCUUUGCUUCCUAGACCGUGUGGGGCGGCCAGAUGACAAGGCUAUCGCUGCCGAACAGAGAGCAAAUGAUUAUAUGGACGGAGAUGUGGACGACCCAGAAUACAAGCCUGCCCCAGCUUUGCUGAAGGAUGAUAUGGAGGAUGACGCCUCUUCUCCUGGAGACUUGGUUGUUACUGACAAUGCUGGAGAUGUGGCUCCGCUGAUGGAAGGAGACGCUGCGUACUGGCCCUCUUCCUCGGUACUGACAGCCAGGCUGAGACGUCUGAUCACGGCCUCCCAGCGCUUUACCAAGAGCCGGCAGAUCCUGCACAUCCAUCAAGCCCAAGCCCAGACUCAUGCCCAGCAGGCCAUGAUGAUGGCCACUCCGCUUUGCCCACUUCCUCCCACCCUCAAUGACACACUCAACCCCAAGAUGGCCGCCAAGAUCGAACGCCAGCAAAGAUGGACUAGGCGAGAGGAGGCUGACUUUUACCGGGUAGUCUCUACUUUUGGUGUGGUGUUUGACCCAGACUUGGGCCGCUUUGACUGGACCAAGUUCAGGGCCAUGGCUCGGCUGCACAAGAAGACUGAUGAGAGCCUGCAGAAAUACCUGUGGGCUUUCACUGCUAUGUGUAGAAGGGUGUGUCGUCUGCCAGCUAAAGAAGGAGACUCUGUGGUAGACCCGUCUCUGUCCAUUCAGCCUAUCACAGAGGAGCGAGCGUCUCGUACCCUGUACAGGGUGGAGCUGCUUCGCCAGGUGAGGGAGCAGGUCCUUCGCCACCCACAGCUCUUCGAGCGCCUGUCCCUGUGCCAAAUGGGCUCGGACCUGCCCGUCUGGUGGGAGCCCGGUACCCAUGACCGUGACCUGCUCAUUGGUGCUGCCAAGCAUGGCGUCAGCCGCACAGACUACCACAUCCUCCGAGACCCCGACUUGGGUUUCAUGGCUGCGCAGCGCAACUACAGUCAGACAAAGGCAGCGCAGCAGCAGUCCCGCACACCCACACCACUUGUACAGCCUCAGUACCAAGCCACCAGCUCAGCACUGACUGGGUCUCCACUGCCCACGCUGGCACAGAGGGACAUGGAUCCCUCGGGGAUUGUGCCCAAAGAGGAGCCACCCUCAGAAGGGGAGGAGAGCCAGGAGAAGCAGGAGGAGAGUUGGAGCCCUCCUCCAGCACCUGCUACUCCCACAGGUGUAGAAGAAAAGCCAGUCCCUGUGAAAGAGGAGAAUGACAGGCGGAUGGUGGCAGCUCGAACCAAGCCGCUCACACCAAACUCAGCAGAGAGGAAAGCCAAGAAAGCCAGCAAGAGGAGCCGCAGGGAGGCCAGGCGUGGCUCAGAGUCCGACUCAGAUGGCUCCUCCUCAAGUUCCUCAUCACGAUCCUCCUCAUCAUCUUCAUCAUCAUCUUCUUCCUCCUCACGCUCUGGAUCCAGCUCUUCCUCCUCUUCAUCAUCUUGUUCAUCUGGUUCCUCAUCUUCCUCCUCCUCCUCAUCAUCAUCUUCAGAAGAUAGUGAGAGUGAGGGAGACGAAGGCAAGAAGAAAGUGGCAGCAGCAGCCACUGUAAAGGGCUUUGAUGAGGACAGCGUUGCAUCCCUCAGCACUAUGCAGGAUGAAACCCAGGACAGCAAUGCAGCUGAGAAUGGCAUCACCAACUCUUCACAUCCUUUCCAGGGAGGCUACAUGCUGGCAGCAUCCUACUGGCCAAAGGAUCGCGUGAUGAUCAAUCGUUUAGAUAGCAUCUGCCAGGCUGUGCUGAAGGGGAAGUGGCCGGGCACACGUCGGGUCUACGAGCCCGGGGGGGCGGUGGCCUCCUUUUAUACCACCAAGCUACUGGACAACGCCAACAGCCUGUGUGAGGACCCCUCUGCCUCGCCACAGGGGUCAAAGGUGAAGAAGCAUGUUGCAGAAAACAAGGAGUUCUCAGUCAAACUCAACGAUCAGGAGGGGGGCCUGAAGCUGACCUUCCAGAAGCAGGGUCUGCCCCUGAAGAGGCCCCUGGAGUCCGAGGAGGGCCCCCAGGCUCAGCAACAGUACCUAGCCCGGCUACAUGAGCUGCAGAACGCCUCUGACACGGGCUUAGCUGACAUUACCAAGCCUCAGGCGAGCUUCCAGCAAGUUCCCCCAGGUGUAGCAAGUCAGAUGAGACCAAAUGGAGUGCUAGAUGGUCAGCCUGUGGUGAAGAGGAGGAGAGGGAGGAGGAAGAACGUGGAAGGAAUGGACCUGCUCUUCAUGAACAGGAACAGAAUCCCAGCUGUGCCAGACCACGUGCCCCCAGGAUGGGGUGGCAUUGGCCAGGUGGGCCUGGCUGUGGCUCCUGUGCCGGGCUAUGGGCAGGGCCAAAGUCAGGCCCCCACAGACACAGAGAGCAGGGUUCCUGUCAUCAACCUCAAAGAUGGUACCCGGCUUGCUGGAGACGAUGCUCCCAGGAAGAAAGAUCUGGAACAGUGGCUGGAAGAGCACCCGGGCUUUGUGGCUGACACAGGGGCCUUCAUCCCUGGAGUGAACAAAAUACAGCUCCAGUUCCAGGAUGGGAGGCCCAAGCAGAAGAGACACCGCUGUAGGAACCCAAAUAAGAUUGAUGUCAACAGCCUGACAGGAGAGGAGAGGGUGCAGAUCAUUAACAGGAGAAAUGCGCGCAAGGUGGGGGGUGCCUUUGCUCCUCCUCUGAAGGAUCUGUGCCGGUUCCUUCAGGAGAACCCAGAGUACGGUGUUCCACCAGAGUGGGCAGAUGUAGUCAAACAGUCGGGCUACCUCCCAGAGAGUAUGUUUGACCGCAUCUUGACGGGACCCAUUGUUCCUGAGGAAGUUAGUCGCCGUGGACGGCGACCUAAGAACCCUUUAGCCAAGGCAGCGGCAGCAGCAGCAGCUGCUAACCCAGCAGCUUCAACCAUGGGCCUGAACCCUUUGCUGGCCAAUGGCCUGCUCUCUGGAAUGGACCUAACAAGCCUGCAGGCCUUCCAGAGCCUGCAGUCCCUGCAGCUCACCGCAGGACUUAUGGGGCUGCCCACUGAUGCUAGUAACCUUGCUGCUAGUAACUUGGCCGCCAUGUUUCCAAUGAUGCUCUCUGGUAUGGCUGGACUGCCCAACUUGCUGGGCAUGAGCAACCUGCUGGGAAAGUCCCCUCAGGAGGGAGCAGCGGGCUCCGAGGACAAGGCAAAAGGAGCCACCAGUGGAGGAGCAGGGAAGGCAUGCACCCCCAAAGCCCCCGGCCAUACCUCAGACACCAAAGGAGAAAGGACAGAGGGCAUGAGCGGGGAUAACCCCUCCUCUUCCAAUGCCACCUCUUCUGCCACCACCCCACCAAGUGCUACGGCUGCUUCAGCAGCCUCCAGACACCCACUGUCCCUUAAUCCCUUGUUACUCUCCAGUAUGCUUUACCCAGGGAUGCUUCUCACUCCAGGCCUUAACCUUCCUGGGUCGGCCGCACAGCCACAGAGCUCAAACAGUGACCUCACACAGCCUCCUCCACCUCCUCCUCUGCCACCUGCCCCCUCGCAGCCUUCACCUGGGGAGAUGGAACGGCCAGGGGCAGAGAAGGAGGGGGAGGAGGAGGAUGGGGAGGAAGAGUUAGCUGAACAAAAGGAGAACAGUGGCCCCGAGGACUCGGGGAAAGCCGAGUCAUCGUCAUCCGAGUCUGGGAGCUCCUCAUCAUCAUCGGAUGAUUCUGACUCCAGUGAUGAAGACUGAGCCCAGUCUGAAUAUAUAAAUAUAAAUAUAUUUAUGUAUCGCUUAGAAAUGUGUACAUAUAUAUACACAUAUAUAUGGAUUUUCCUGCACUUAAAUUGUGAUUUCUUUACAUGUAAAUAUAAGAACUAACUAAAAUGUUGUGUAAUAAAGACUUCAAAAAAAUUUUAAAAAAUAGGAAGAAAGAAUUGUGACUUAAAAGGAAUUGAAAUGAAAUUUCAGCGUUUGUUCAUAAGGUACAAUCUUGUUUUGAGACAUUUUGCAUGUCAAAUUUUAGAUUUCUGAACUCUGUGAACGUGUAUCACACAAUGAUGUACAAUUGCAACAAAUGGGGGAUAAAAGAAAUCAAAAUGGCAUUAUUGUAAUUAUUAUGUCAGGAUUUAAUUUUAUUAAAAAAAGUGAAACUACAUGAACGCUCCCAUUGAGCUGUACUAUUAAUAUAUUUUGAGUGUGGAGAUCUGGGGAGUUGAAUUUAUUUUACAAAUUUUUUUUCCCUUUUGUAAAUAUGCUUUUACAGGUUCCCAUUCACUUAUGCUUUGCAGAUCAUACUUUGGAUAAGUCAGCAAUAACUCGGGCAGCUAAUGAAUGUCACUGAAGCUGUAGAUCUUCUCUGUCGGCCAUAUUUCACCCCACACUGUCCAACUCACACAGCCUCAGCCGCCUACCGCUUCGCUUCAUAUCAAACUGAGGACUUCACUUUGAAAUUGUGACACACCUGUCGGAAGAAACAACAAUAACCUAUUGCUCAUCAAAUUAUCAACAAUGUAGAGCAUCCAGUCUUUAGAAUUCAGUUUUGCUCCACACACUUGAGUCAGCCACUACCCUAAAAGUACCAUAAUGUAAUUGGCAGGCAUCUCAUUGAGCUUUUCUACAUCAUCAUUGAACAAAGCCAUGCGACAUGCUAACACAUUGUAUAUCCCAAGGUUCACUUUAGCCACCCACGGAAGGCUGACUGUCACUUGCACAUGUUGACUUUGAUUAGUGUGAAGACCUUAGGAAACACAAGGGACUUUUAGGACAGAAAGCAACCUUUUACUGUGUGCCAAAAAACUGCCUGCUGUAGACUAGUCGCGUCUCGAGAAAGUUUAGUUGCGUCUAUGCUGUA